AUGGAUAUGAGCAUGAUUAUUUGUUCAUUUUUUGUUCUCUUUACAACUAAUUCAUCUGCUACCACAAUAUCUGCUAAUAUCAAUUUCAUUCUCAUGCUUAAUGGGACAAACUUCAAGGAUUGGAAAGAGAAAGUAUUGAUCGUUCUUGGCUACAUGGAUCUUGACCUUACACUUCGGAUUGAGCAACCCACUCCUCUUACGGAAGAAAGUUCUCCUAAUGAAAGGAGAAACUUUGAGAAGAGGGAUCGCUCAAAUCGCAUGAUUCUAAUGAUUACUAAGCGCGGCAUUCCGGAAGCCUUUAGAGGUUCCAUAUCCAAAGAGAUAACUAAUGCUAAGGAGUUCCUUGUUGAAAUUGAGAAACGUUUUGCGAAAAACGAUAAGGCUAAAACAAACACGCUUUUGCAAAGAUUGAUUUCAAUGAAGCAAAAAGGCAAUGGGAACAUAAGGGAGUACAUCAUGGAGAUGUCUCACAUUGUUUCAAAACUUAAAGGGCUAAAGCUUGAGCUGUCUGAUGACUUGCUUGUGUAUUUGGUAUUGAUCUCGCUUCCUACAUAG